AAGUACAGUAACAGUUCUCGUGUUAAACUCAACAGCGCUUUCAGUGUCAUUAUUAUAUGCUACUCGUCUUUCUAUGUAGGAAGGGCAAGUCCAGACUGAACUAUGGGUGUGACAGAAAGAAAAUAGGCGUUGCUUUUGUCAUUCAGGAGUAAAAUGAAAAGAGGGACAAGCAAGACGUGAUUUUAGACGGUCGCACGAAGUCUCGCUCCGUUCAGCCCACUCGCUUUGGAUCGAACCGCUCUGUGUAAACAGACAAACCGACUCCGAAUCACUCGGAUAUACUAAACCUGUUGGGGUCUGUCACAGGCGAGAAAAACGAUCUUCCAUAAGUGUUUCCUUCAUUCUUGACUUCAGAGUCUUCAGUUGACACGUUUCUAACAAAAGUAAAGCAAAAAACGCCUCUGUCAUUUUCCUUAUCAAUCUGUGUUUUGGAACCCAUCAAAAUGCUUCGUAAGUCCAGUUCAGUGGGUACAUUAGUAGAGCUGGAUGGAUGGGAGCAGGUGGAUAGAGAUGAUCGCCCAGGCAGCUCAGAGGAUGAGAUGGACGGGGCUUCAGCAUCCUACCCUUGCACCCCAGAUGCAAAGUCAAAGAGUGCAGGAAAGGGUGGGCUGAUCCGAGAACACAGUUUUAGUGUGGAAAAUCUGGUUGGCUUGGAUAAGGACUCUGAUCUACUGAGAGUUACGAAUCUUAAUGAGAGUUUUAAAGCCUACAGUGACAGCCAGCUCACUUCCAAUGCCAAAGGCAGCAGUGAGAGUGUGGAGAAGUGUUGCACUCUUCCUGGCUCUUUCCCAUCCAAAGAGAAAUCCGAAGAAACUCCUCAUCACCGGCUGCAAGCUCACUCCAAGCUGGCAGCUGCUAAAUUACACAUUAAAAGUUUGUUUGGACAGAAUUCACCACAUUCCUCGCAUACGAAUUUGAAAGAGCACCGAGAGAAUGUAACCAGCACGAAAGAGAAGCGUUCUCGAAAGCCUUUCCUCCGGCAGUGGAGUCAGGUUGGCCAUGGCAGAGGUCGACUCAGCAGGAAAGAAGUGGAGAGCUGGGCCAAGUGCCUUGAAACUUUGCUGGCCAGCAGAGUGGGAUUCUCGGUUUUUGAGGCGUUCCUGCGGUCUGAGUUCAGUGAGGAAAAUCUGCAGUUUCACGUGGCCUGUGAGCAAUACAAGAAUUCAUCCAACAAAUUCACUCUGCAGAGGCGCGCAAAAAUGAUUUUGGAGACCUACAUCAUGCAGUCUUCUCCCAGAGAGGUGAACCUGGACUGGAAGACAAGAGAACUGACCCAAACUCUGCUGAAAGCCCCGUCACACACCUCCCUCACACAUGCCCAAAAACGCAUCUACGGCCUUCUGGAAAUGGACUCUUACCCCCGUUUUCUCCAGUCAGAAAUCUACGAAACAUUACUGAGGGAUUCAUAUUAAAUCAAGUUUGGGCAGUGUCCAAAAGUGGCUAUAAACUGAAUGAGCACUGUCCCGUUGAGAACAUUUGAUGAAAAAAAAUCAUCUUAACUACUGAAGAACGUUUUAAUGGAAUAAAAAGGGAAACAGAUAAACAGG